AUGCAGUUUUUUGCUACACCUCCUGUCCAUGGAUCGUUGACGAGAUAUGUGGUCCACGAUGCUGAUUUUUGCUUCAAAAUUCCCGACAAUGUCACUUUUGAAGAAGCUGCACUUCUAGAGCCAUUAUCCGUGGGUGUUCAUGCCUGUCGUCGGGCAAAUAUACAGAUUGGGCAAAGUGUUUUGGUGCAAGGAGCAGGGCCGAUAGGAACUUUAUGUAUGAUGACGGCAAAAGCGAUGGGCGCCGCUAAGGUCGCUAUCACGGACUUGGAUUCAAAUCGAUUAGAUCUUGCGAAGAAUCUAGGAGCUGAUUAUACCAUCUGCGUUAAGGAUAUGUCAGUGAUUGAAGUUCGUAAAGCAGUGAUGGACUGCUUGCAAGGAGAACCUGAUGCGACCAUUGAGUGCACUGGCGCGCAGACCUGCAUGGAAUCAGCUAUUCUGACCACUCGUUCUGGAGGAGUUAUCGUUAUGGUUGGGCUUGGCGCACCAAGAACUGAAUUGCCCAUCAUAGAUAGCUGUCUCAGGGAAGUAGACAUCAGAGGCGUUUUCAGAUAUGCAAACUGUUAUCCAACCGCACUGAAUCUUAUCGCAUCGAGAAGAAUUGACCUGUCUGGAAUUACGCGAGCUCAAUUCAAGCUCGAAGAGGCCGUAGAAGCAUUUGAACGAGCGCAAAAAGGAGAUGUCAUCAAAGUGUUUAUAAAUUGUCAAGAAUAA